AGUGUUUUGUAAGAACGGAAGAAACUUGCAUGACUCUUAAACUUAGCACGAAAAAAAAAGGGCUGCUUCUAAAAAUAUGCAUCGUUCUUGAAUUCAGUUAUUAUUAUCUGACUGUGUGUGUUUUAUCCAUUUUAUUUUGCAUAAGAUGACAACUCCCAAAAAGCCCCCUGUCGAUGAUGAGGAUUGUGUCGAGCUUGAGAAGACAGAGAACCAUGUGUCAGAUGGAAGCACCCCCGAGCCAGUGACGGGCGGUCCGUCUCGAAAGAUGAGGGGCAAGUCUGUCAGCGGGGUCCGCAGACUGAGCACCAUCUCAGAGCAAGAGCUGGAGAAGCCGGACACAGUUUCCAGCUCCCAUGAUCCCCUGGGGGGCAGUGAAUGGGGUGGAUCCAGCUUCUCCACGUGCUCUGACAAGUUUAAAAACAGCAGCAGCCCUUUUUCCUCGGAUGAUUCCUACCUGCCGGACUCUGCAGAUGACUGCGCCGCGCUUCUCCUCGCCUGUCUGCACUGUCGUUUCCACGAGUUAAUAAUGGUCCUGUUACCGGAUACAUGUGAGAGGGCCGUGAGCCGCUGUUUCCCCUCAUACAAAUACAUCAAGGCGUCCAGUGAGCGCGACCAGCAGGGGAGCGAUUGCUGCGCUUGUAAGAUGGAGCUGGACUGUAACUUCUGUGGCUGCUGCCAGGAUGCAGGAGAACUCAUAGAGCUGGCCAUGGAGAUAUCAGAGGUGUGCUACCGCUGACAAAUCCCCUUUCUGUCUUCCAACUCUGACCUGAAAACACAAUGAGUUCCCUUUAAAAAAACAAAAAAAAAACAACUUAAAGACUUGAAUGCUCCACAAACAGCAUUACUUUUUCAUCUUAUUCACAUGUGUGUGAUAAGUUUCCUGCAUUACAAAGGUUUUUUAUCAAGGCCUCAUGUUGAAAUUCACAUGAUCAAUAGCUUGUGCUAUUAAAGCAGAUUAACCACGCCCCGCCCCCUUUGAAACAGUCUAGAGUUGCUUGUUAUCAUGUGUCAGCUACAUUUACCCUACCAGAGAAGUGAAAACUUUCUGUUCUCUAAGCGGGCGAAGAUGGGACAGCAAUGCAUUGUGGUGAUGGCCAUGUCAUUGUGAGAACACCAUUACCUCUCCACGAGCAUCCUGUACUGGUAUCACUUCCAAACGCAUAAUUUAGAAGGCUGUGAACAUUUAGGAAAUCUCACCCAAUGCUACCAAAUAACAAAGUUGUCUGGUCCUCCUAAAGGCGAACUGAUUACGACGUAAACCUUAUCUGAUGCUCAGAUGAAAAAAAGAGUAAUGUAAUGCAUGUGAGGCUUUUUUUUUAUGAGAAACUAUUCUAUUGCUUCUAUUUAACAUAUUCAAAUCAUUUUGAUACGGCUGUUACAUUAUGUCUAAUAAAAAUGAAUGUGAUGUUAAGUGCAGUUAUCCCAGAGUUGCCUGUUGUGGAGAUGGUCAACAUCAACAUUUCACUCAUGGUGUAUUUCAACCACCAGAGGGCGCUGCUGACAGUAGACCAGCUGCUCCCUGAGCGGCCUGAUAGAGGCUGCACUCUGCCUGGUCUCUGAGGACUAGUCUUAUCACAAAACCACAAAACAGGGGCAAGAAGAUUUUAUAAGACAAUAAAAACGUCCGUCAACACUCUUUAACCCAAUAAAGCUACCUUUAAA